UGAACACGACACUUCAUUGUCAAGGCAUUUUCCCGUUGUUUGCUUAGCUGGGAAAGCUGUUAUUGAUUCGCAUCUAGAACUCAGGUCGGCGUGCUUCACCAACAGCUCUCGUGAGAUUAUAUUACACGAAGUCAUCUCCGUCAGGAUCAUCGUGCACUUGCGGAUAGCGCCUGAUAGAAUCCUCUAUUUAGAACAGAAGAUGACCGAAUUGACGGGACUACCAGCGAAAAUCUGGCAAUUUGCCUUCUUUCCAUACAGGGGUGACCCGAUUUCCCAAAUAGAGGCACAAGCCAAAGCAUGGCCAAACGUUCUUUCGAAAUUAGCGGAUUUGGCUGAGCGUGAAGACUGGACUGGAACGAAUACGGACGGGCCUGAUGCGCUGGAAAACCAGAUCCUCCACAACUACAUAUCUUUCACAUAUUCUCGACUGGUGCUUGAAGGGAGAAAAGUCGUGGCCAGCGAGGAUGGAGAGUAUGCUACCUUCAACACUGGGCUCCUGGAUAGAUUUGACCAGGGAAACCUUCGGCUUCUUUCGAAGGAACACACAGCUAGGAAAGCAACCUUGGUAUUUUCUCCGAUGGGCCAUCGAGUCCGACCGCGAAAUGAUGACGUUUUUCAAUCCUACACCAGAGAUGGCAGACUACGUAACAGCUGCAUCUGACUUAGUUUACGAUUGGCGCCGGCCACUGAUAUUGAACUACGCGCACAUUCUUGACGACGAUGACAUGAAGCGCUUUCCCCAAGAGCUACAGAAGCGACCUUUAAGAGCAAGGUCGCAGCUUGACGCUGCUGUAAAAAAAACUCUCAAUCGCUUGCGUCGAAAUUACAAAAUUGCUAUCCCCCAGUGGUAUCCUAAACUUAAAGAUGAAGGGGCACAACUCUUGCUACCCCUGGAUCUGUUCGACGAGGGCACUGCUGAUCUUGCGCUCGUGGUCAGCUUGGCUGGUGACAGGUAUCGCGGGUCCACAGUUCUGACGCUUGAAAUGGCUUAUACGCACGCCCGCUUGGUUGCAAGACCUGAUAGUGAGUGGCUAAAGCCAUUAUCAACAGUCGUGGAAGAUCAAAUGGAUACUGGAAGUCCGAACGCUGGCCUUCAGAGAGAUCUUGCUUCACCAAGGGACAAUCCGGCGAUGAAGAUCUCGGACUGGCGACGUCUGUAGAUUCAAAUGAGCUUUCUGGUCUUUAGGCUUGUACUUCUUUGCGAUAUAGCCAGGCACUGCUGUUGUUCCAAGGUCAAUCAUAGGUCACAUAGACCAUGCCCA